AAAAUCGAACAAACUAGAAAAGUCUAUCGACCUACUAUGGUACUCUGCUGUUUGGCAUCUCAAGUCGAAGCAUUUUUUUCCAUUGACAAAUUUAAAUUGGAAAUUGGUAAAACGGACUGCCGUUAGCGAAUGAGCGAAAGUGAUUUUUGUAAGAUGUCCGAGGGGGACGUGGAACACUCGCGCGGGGAAGAGUACAACGAAGAACGCAGACCGCGCGAAGAGGAAAAAUUGCGCGAAAAAAUUAGCUUGAGCGACGAGCAACACUCCCACGACCAAGAACACUCGCGCGACGCGGAGCAAGAGCACUCUCGCGAGGAGGACAGGUCGCUCGUGGACGUGGACCAUGACAACUCGCUCGAGGAGGAGCAGGAGCCGGAGCAGGAGCAGGAGCAGUCGCGCGGUGAGGAGCAGGAACACUCUCGCGAGGAGGAGGAGGAGGAGCACUCUCGCGAAGAAGACCACUCUUUCGAAGAAGGGGAGCUCUCCCGCGAGGAGGCACCCCCACUCGAGCCGGAGCACUUGCCUGGCGAGGCAUACUCCUGCCAGACGAAAAACAUGCCCCACGAAGAACAUUCGCACGACAAGGAACCCUCGCGGAACGAAGAGCAUUCCCGCAACGAGGAAAGCUCCGUGGACGAGGGGCUCUUGCGCGACGAAGAGCAGCAGUCGUGCGACGAGGAACAGCUGCCCGUUGAGGUUGAGGCUGAGGCUGAGGCAGAGGAGCACUCGCGCGAAGAUGAACCAGGAACCGAAGAUGGCCAGGAGCACUCGCAGAUAGAAGACGUGCAGUCGCCAGACGAGGUAGACAUGCGCUACGGUGAACAACCGCGCGGCGGCGGAUGGGUUCAAUACGAAGAACCUUCGGCCUACGAGGUACCACCCUACGAGGAUCCGUCGCGCCCACCGCAUUACGAGGAGCAGUCACGCUAUUUGGAUGUCACCACCGACUGCUAUAUGGUGGAAGUUGAUGCUGCGGCGGAAGAAGAAAAAACUACAGCGGUGCGCGAGGAGGCCGAGCUGAAUGCCAUCGAUAUUAUCGAUCCGACAGGCACGGAUGGCGUCGAGGUGGUCCAUGAUCAGUCCAUGGACCUGAGCUGUGUCAAUACCGCACUGGAUGCCGAGGAGAGUGGCGAGCCGCCAGCUAAGCGGGAGAAGACCCACUACGAAAACAGCCCCGUGACGGAGGACAGCAGUAGCAGCAGCUCGAGCACGUCCAGUAGCGGCAGAAGCUCGCGCUCCGAUGACUACGACGAUUCAACCAAAGACGAAGCAUCCGUGGACACGGUCAUCUAUGUGGAGGAUCUGCCCCGGCCCAUUAGCUACCCCAUGAUGGAUCCAGACGCACCCACCAAACCGAUUAUCACCGAGGUGGUGACUAUUCCCGCACCGCGGGUGAAUCUUUUGCGUUAUCCAAUGCCGAAUAUGCCGCAUAUACCGCCUAUCCAGCACCAUAUGCCCCCGCCACCGCCACGGCGGCCGAUCGACUCCGAGCCCGAGCUUGAUCCCGAUGAGUAUGAUGGAGCGGUGGCAAUGCCGGGCCUGCCAGCCAAGGAUUGCGGUGACAAUAUUAAUCUGCCUCCCUAUAUACCAGAUCACUAUGCGGGAUCCCCGCGGGCCGAGCAGCAGCCGGAGCAGGAGCCGCCACGCCAGCAGUUUAUAUAUCCGCGCCAGCCGCUUGACUGUCCAGCACAAGCACAUCGCGCCCAGGUGCAGCAGGUGCAACAGGUGCCCGAUAACCAGCAGUUUGUCUAUCCGCGCCAGCCGCUUGACUAUCCAGCAGCAGGCACAGCGCGCCCAGCUGCCGCCGGAUCAGCAGUUUGUCUACCCGCGCCAGCCCCUUGUAUUUCCGCCCCAGGCACAGCCGGAGCACCAGCGCGUCAGCUGAUUGAUUCAUAUAAAAUUAAACACCGUCCACCAUCGGGCGAUCGACGCCGCAUGCCACCGCCACCCAUGCGCACUGUGCUCGGUGCGGAAAUGGAGAACAUUUCGGAUGAUGAUGAUGAGAUUAGCAGCAGCAGCACCGAGAACGAGUCGGAGGAGGAGGAUGAUGAUUACAUACUGAUUGAGCAUGACAGCAAUUCCGCGGAGACGGAGACAGAGGCAAUGGCGGGAUCGGGUGAUCUGGGUGAUGGGAUCGUAGUCAACGAGGAUUCCGAGAAGGUGUACUACAUUCGGCGCGAAGACGGCACCGUUCAUGCCGGCCGCGUGCUCCAGUCGCGCAUCACCGAGAACAUUCUGAUGCCCAACGAGUACUACGUCCACUAUGUGGGCCUCAAUCGCCGCCUGGACGAGUGGGUGGGUCGCCAUCGGCUCUCGGACAAUGCCGAUGACCUGGGCGGCAUCACAGAAACGGCCAGCAGCCUCCUCCAAUUGGACAGCGAUCAGCCGGGCACCAGUCGUGAGAUGCUGCAGCAGCAGGCGCUUCUGGCGCAGCAACAACAGAUUCUGUUGCAGCAGCAGCAGCAACAGCGGGAGCUGGAAAAGGAGCGUGCCCUGCGCGAGGGCAACAAGGACUACUAUCUGUCGGCGUGCGAGAAUAAUCGCUACGAUUACAGUGACCGCAAGAUGACGCGCUACCAGAAGCGACGCUACGACGAGAUCAAUCACGUGCAGAAGAGCCAUGCCGAGCUGACCGCCUCCCAGGCAGCCCUCGAGAAGGAGCACGAGUCCAUCACGAAGAUCAAGUACAUCGACAAGCUGCAGUUUGGCAACUAUGAGAUCGACACCUGGUACUUCAGCCCCUUUCCGGGCGACUACGGCAAGGCGCGCACCCUGUAUGUGUGCGAAUAUUGCCUGAAGUAUAUGCGAGUGCGGAAGAGCUACAGCUACCAUACGUAUGUGUGCCGCAAGCGGCAUCCGCCCGGUCGUGAGAUCUAUCGCAAGGGAAAUGUAUCCAUUUUCGAGGUGAACGGCAAGGAGGAGCCGCUCUACUGUCAGCUGCUCUGCCUGAUGUCCAAGCUCUUUCUCGACCACAAGGUGCUGUACUUCGAUAUGGAUCCGUUCUUCUUCUACAUUCUGUGCGAGGUGGACAGGGAAGGCAGUCAUAUUGUUGGCUAUUUCUCCAAGGAGAAGAAAUCCCCAGACAACAACAAUGUGGCAUGCAUUUUGGUACUGCCACCGCAUCAGCGCAAGGGCUUUGGCAAGCUGCUGAUCGCCUUCAGCUACGAGCUGUCCCGCAGAGAGGGCGUCAUUGGAAGUCCAGAGAAGCCGCUGUCGGAUCUCGGUCGACUGAGUUAUCGCAGCUACUGGGCCUACACUCUGUUGGAGCUGAUGCGCAAUCGCGUUUCGCUGGAGCAGACCACCAUCAAGGAGCUGAGUGAGGUGAGCGGCAUUACCCACGAUGACAUCAUCUACACGCUGCAGUCAAUGAAGAUGAUCAAGUACUGGAAGGGCCAGAAUGUCAUCUGUGUGACCACCAAGACCAUAUUCGACCACCUACUGCUGCCGCAGUUCAAGAAGCCCAAGCUGACCAUCGAUCGCAGCUAUCUGUUCUGGAACCCCACCAACAUGCCGGCGCCAGCCCGGCCACCGCUACCCAUCAAUGCGAUAGCACUUGGCCAGAUUCCGACAUAAGCUACACUUAUAUUAAUACGCGUAAGAACACUUUUUUUUUUUUUUGUGCCUAGUCUCGUGGUCUUUGAGGAUAAUACCUUUUCGUCACUUUAUUAUCCUCUAUUAUUAUGUAUCAUUGGUUCCAAAUUGUCUUUAUCAAUUAUUAUAUUUAACAAAAUUGUCUAAAUUAUUAAGCAAAAAAAAUUCGAUCUGAAUUAUGUAUGUACAUGGCCAGCAUGCAAAUUGUAUUUAACUUAUGUGCACAAACAUUAUCCAAAAUUUCAUGUUUUAAGUCUUUAAGCAAACAACAACAAAAAAACAAAACAAAACGAAAAACAAGCAACAAACAACCGAAUAAUGCAAAUAAAAUUGAAAAGAAAGCUAUGUGUACAGCAGCGUACAUAAAUAUAGCACUUUUCGAAUCCCCGAGAA